CAAUUGUGUAUACGCGCGCCAAGAACAAGUCUCUGUUGUAAAGAGAUCAGUAACAAUCCAUUUCAGGAUAGGACUAUCUGUAAAUUUGUGUAAAUUCUUUGCUAAGCUGUAGUACAAGAUGAUAGAAAGUCAAGUGAAUGAACAUUCGAUGGAAGAAAACAAAAAAAGGAAUGCAUCGCUUGCUGGUCUUGAUAAAUCACCAGUCAAUAGUAUUGUUAUGUCAAGUCCUCCAUUCAAAAAACUAAAGCAGUGCCGGUUACCAUUUAAAACCCUGACGCCAUCUCCUGUCAACCACAAACCAGUAAUGCAAAUUGAUCAAGGUGCAAGUAAACGGAAACAUGUGGUCUCUGAAAACUCAGAGCCAUCACUUCUAGGCCGAACAAAGGUGUCUGAAAAUAAAUCAAAAAUUACUCCAGUGAAAAAGAUUAAAGCUAUUAAUAAAUCAACCUCAGAUGCUGAAGUAAGUUCAAGCUCAGAAGAUACCAACCCCUCACGCAUCAUUUCCCCCUCACUUCCAGUUUUAGUAUCAGAGGCUGAUAGCAGCUCACAAACACCUAAACGUGCUGUGCUUGAUCAAUUCUUUCACAAAACACAACAACCUGAAGUUUCUACCUCUGAUGGAGAAGAUGUUACUGAGCGCUCAUGUUUUAUAAUUAAUGGUGAUACUGGUAAAUUAGACGAAAAGCAGGACAACAACCAACUUGAAAUGGUAGACCAGUGUGUGGACGUACUAGUGAAGAGUCCUGCUCAAGAAUCUCCUGAUACUUCGGUGCAGAAAUCUCCCAUUUGUGAAGAGAAAAAUACUCCUCAAGAUGAAGGUUGUUCAAGCAAUAUUACAGAUACUCCAAGGAAGUCUAAAGUAAGCAUUUGUUCACCCACAAAGGUAGAUGAGGAGAAAAAUAACAGCCAAGCUUCUAGUCUAAAAACAGGAAUAUUUGCUUUGGAUACCACUCCUGUGCGAGUCAUCUCUGGAGCCACACCAGUAAGGGUUUUGUCAACACCUGUAACCACAGACAAGACUCCGGAAGUGAAAGAGAAGACUACUCCUGUUAAUAAAGGGAAGACUCCAAAUAAGACUCCAAAGUUAUCAAGAGAUAUAAAAAAUGAAAUACUCAGGAAGGAGAAAAAGCAGAAAUUAGAAGAAGAAAGGGCUGAGAAGCAAAGAUUAAGAGAAGAGGCAAAGGCAACUAAAGAGAAAGAAAGAUUAGAAGCCAAGCAUCAGAAAGAAUUAGAAAAAGAAAGAAAAGAGAAAGAAAAACAAGCCAAAAAACAAAAGGAAGAAGAAGAAAAACAAGAGAUAAUGAGAGUUAAAGAAGAAGAAAAGAAAAAGAAACAAGCGAUAAUAGAAGCUAAAUUGGAAGAAAAAAGGAAAAAAGAAGAUGAGAAACAGAAACAGAUUGAAGAAGAAAAGAGAAUUAAUGAAGAAAAAAAACUGAAGAAAGAAAAACAAGAAAAGGCUUUUCGUAAUUUCUUCACCAAAGCUCCAGAAUGUUCCACCAUCAAAGAGAAGUGGUCCGAGAAUGUGAGCUGCGGGCCAUUUGCAGCAUUUGAGUUGAAAGAAGGUAUGAUGCUGGCACCAAGAGUGCGAAGGGUCAUUGAUGAGGACAAGAAAAAGGAACUCAAAGAGGCUAUCAACAACCAGACUCUAACAGCCUCAUAUCUUAAUGACAUCAAGUGUAAUGGGUUUAAACCAGGAAAGGAUGUCAAAACAGCUGUCACAAGUAGUUCUGACACUCAAGUCAUUCCAGAUGGGAAGCAGCUGGUUAAAUGCAAGUUCCUUUACUUCCAUGAUAAUUAUCGCCCUGCUUUUUACGGCACAAUGCGAAAGACUAGCAAGAAAAUAAAUCCUCGCAACCCAUUUGCUAUGGAUGAGAUUUUGGAUUAUGAGGUGGACAGUGAUGAAGAAUGGGAGGAGCCUGGAGAGAGUCUAUCUAACUCAGAGGGUGAAGAUGAUCCAGCGAGUGAUGACGAUGAGGAUGAUGAUGGAUUUUUCGUGCCUCAUGGGUACUUGUCUGAAGACGAGGGUGGAAACGAUUGCGAGGAUGGUAUAAAGAAACUGAAGGAAAAGCAGGCUGCCAAAGCACAGGCUUGGGAAGCUGGUCUCAAGAAAAAGAUUGAAACUCUAACACCUGUGCUCAUUGGUCCAGUUUGGGAAGGUGAAAGAAAUGAUACCCAAUCAAAACACUGGAAAGCUUUACAACAAUUUGCCGCCAUUGUGUUAGUGAAUACACCAAUACCAACAAGUUACAGCCAGUUGUCAUCAACAGACAUUACCGAGCAUUCAGCCACUGGUGAAUGUGAAAAUAAGCACACCUUAAAAAGGAAGGGUGUCCCAAAAGAAGCAAUGCCCGAUUUAAUUAGAUUAGUCCAUGGCAACACUGCAGGAAUCAAGGCUCUUAGUCGAUCAUUCCGGGAAUUUUGGGACCAGAAAAAUAAUGACUCUACUAAAAAUGAAACCGAUGAUUCAAGCCAUGUAGUGGCUGGUAGUUCAAAUGAGAGAGGACCAUCACCAGUCAAUAACCUUGCUGACAACCCAACCCGUCCUAGCACCCCAUCAAUCGAAUGCGACUUCAGUAUAUCUGCCCGGCAAAUGAAAUUAAAAAUCAACAAAAUUGCAGUCCGCGAGAAACGUAAUGGCUAUGAUCGUGAAUGCUGGUAUGUUGAUGAAGAAAUUUUAAAGAAAUAUAAUCUGAUGGAUUUGCCUGUUCCGAACACUACUGUCAAAGAAAAGAAACUGAAAAAUACUGCUGACACAUGCUCACCAGUUUCAACUCCAAAAAUAAACCAAAUUGCACAGUUUGCUAAGAAACUCUCACCAGAAGCUUACCAAAAGCAAACUCAACAAAACUUAGCAGUUUUAAAGAAAAAACAAGAGCAAGAGAGGAUAAAGAAAGAACAAGCGAGGGCACUACAACUGAAAUUGGAGCAAGAAAGGCUUGCAAAGUUUAGGCUAGAACAAGAAGAGAAAGCUGCACUCCUUAGAUUACAACAAGAAAAAACAGUUCUAUUGAAGUUACAGCAAGGUGCACAGAUGAGGGCAACAGUACCACCUGCAUGCAGUAUUCAAAGAGUUCCUACCUUGAAUCCAUUCAUCCAACCAACACUCCUACAAUCCAUUCCAGUGGUACGUUUACCUCAAGUAAGUUUCCCUGCUACACCAUCAUUGUUUAACCCAAACCAACCCAAGAACACCUUUCAACCAGCUGUUAAUCAACAAACAAUCUGUCCACAUCAGCCUCAGAAAACACCAAACAUGGAGGAAACACUGACUAAGAAGCCUCAGAUGAACCAGCAUAAGAAGACACCAACUGUCAUUGAAAUACUGGCUAAAAAAGCAGCACAUAAUGUCCUCAAGUCAAAUGUAGUUACCCAUUGUAGUGUUGGCUCUGCAAAAGAAUGUGUGCCACAGAACAUGGAAGUGGAUUGUGGGUAUUCAGGAGAUUGUGAGGGACAGGGUAACUAGCCAAAUACAGUACUGUUGUUUUUUAGUGGCGAUUCCAGAUAGAGUAGUAACUUUAAUAUUUGAAAAAAGUAUAUUAGAAGUCAGGUGGAUGAUGAUUUCAAUCAGAUGAUUUAAAAAGUUGUAAAAUGAUCAUCAAAUUAUUACAAAAAUGCCUCAUGAUCCUUUGCAAUAAGCAAACAUAUAUUUAUUUUUACUUAGAUAGCAACCAAGUACAUAUGACAUGAAGUACUUCAAUUAGCUAACCUUUACCCUUUUAGUAUUGUAUAGAGCAUGUACAUUAUUAAUAUUGUGAUAUGCAUUGUUCUCUAGUUUCUUUCCAUUGUUAUUUUUAUAUUUCUUAGACAUCCAACAGCAGGUUGGCCAGCACAACCAAAUACAGAGUGGAAUGCUGUGAUGUUUUAUACACUAAGUCCCAUUAUGUGGAUCCAGUUUAAUUAUAAUAAAUUUCUUCAAACCCAGGACCCUCUAUUGGAAGUAAGAUCUUCAAACCCUAGCUAAUAAAUUAUUCCACUAGUUGCAGGACAAUAUAUUGCUAAGACUUGUCACUAAUAUACAGUAUACAGUAUUUGAAAUGUUUCUUUUACAUCUCAAUGUGAACUAGAUGAAAUAUUUGAGGCUUCCAUCCAGGAGUGUGGGGUGGGGGGUGGUUACAGUAUAUUGUAAUCCAUAAGGAAAAUGGUUACGACUAUGGUUAAUCAGUUCAUUAUAAUCUAUAUAGUGAAAAUUGGUGAUCUGUUUAUUAUAGAUCCAUAAGAAACAUGUAAAAUAUGCGUAUUCAAUUAGGAAUAUGGUUAAGAUGAAUUUUUCCAAAUAGGUGGCAGAGAAUGAAAAGACAUGCUAUAUUUUUUAUCUAUCCAUAAUCCUAACUUUACAACUAAGACUACAGUUAAGGCUAUACUUUUUUUCUGCUAAAGAUAACUUUAUAGUUUGGUACGUUGAAACGUAUCCUUGAUUGUAUUUUUCAUAUGGUGCGAAUAAAAUAAUGUUGUGAUGUUUAUAA